CACGGCUAAAGAUUCAACAUUUCAGUUCCGCUUCAGAUGCAUGCGACAGAACCGAACCGAGUCAUGAGUGCCGAUAAUUCAGAGGUUCUUCUGCCUUUACGAAACCUGUUCAACACCGUGAAAUGCACCAGAGAUCGAGUGAGAGAUGGAGAAUCAAACGAAUCUAGUGGGAUGUUCAAUUUGUCAAACUUCUGGGAGACUCUGAAUCAGGCUGUUAAAGCAACAUCUCAAGAAGCAACAAAACUCAGUUUAAUCUUCUCAAAGCCUCCGGUGCCGUCAGAGGAGGACUGUGCAAAAAUAGCAGAAUCUGUUCAGAAGAGUGUGCUGACGCUGUCUACAGUUUACUUUUGGUUACCGAAGAGCCAAGGAAUUACGUUACGGAAGGCCAUUCGAGAUGCCACCGCUGAUGUGUUGGAUGGUCUAGUGCAGCUGUUGGACGUUAUUCUCUCCUCCACUUUACAAAGUUUAUCACAGGAGCAGCUGAUGUCCACUGGAGGUGUUUGGGUGGCGUGUGACCAGUUUGAUCAGCUGCCAAAAGAUAACCGUGGUGCGGUGUUACGAGUCGUGACAUCACAUGUCAGUUUGGUGAAAGACGCUCUGGAAGAAAUGGAGCAGGCGCUGACUGAGGCUCAGGACCCGUUUGGAGACAUCUUAGAAGAUGAUGAUGAUGAUGAAAUAGUCGCUCGUGGUAACCAAGAUACGUACUGGUCAGAGUCGGACCGUCAGCUCAUAUCUCAGUGUCAGGGUCUGAUGAAGGCGUCCGGCGCAUGUUUGCGCAAACUCUCGUCUGCGAUCAAAAACAACGGCAGAGUGGAUACGGAAGAGAAUAUCACACAGUUAGACGAUCUCGCAGAUGCAGCGAAAGAAAUCAGCCCGAGUGUUGAUGAUCUCACUCUCAGUCUGUACCCGCCUGUCCAUCGCUCUGCUGUUGAACAGAACGUGUGUAAACUGUCGUGUGUGUUGAAGAAAAUGCUGGAGAUCACGAGGUGGUGUCAUGUGUGUUUGGAGGCUGAUGUGUCCUGGGUGGAGUUUCUUAGUGGUGCUGUGGAUCACAACCUGGAGAAGAUCAAAUCACUGCUGCUCCACUCCAGCUCUUAGCGGCUGAUCACACGAGAAUCUCUUACAUGGACUGUGUGUAUCGUGUGUGUGCGAGCAUGUGUGUGCGAGCGUGUGCGUGCGUGCAUGCGUGUGUGAGUGUGCGCGUGUGUGAGUGUGUGCGCGUGUGUGUGAGCGUGUGUAUAGUGUGUGUGCGAGCGUGUGUGUGUGUGUGUGUGUGUGUGUGUGAGUGUGUGUAUAGUGUGUGUGCGAGCGUGUGUGAGUGUGUGUGAGUGUGUGCGUUUGUGUGUGAGCGUGUGUGUGUGCGUGUGAGUGUGUGUAUAGUGUGUGUGCGAGCAUGCGUGUGAGUGUGUGUAUAGUGUGUGUGCGAGCGUGUGUGUGUGUGUGUGUGCGCGCGCGUGUGAGUGUGUAUAGUGUGUGAGCGUGUGCGCGUGUGUGAGUGUGUGUAUAGUGUGUGUGUGAGUGUGUGUGUGAGCGUGUGUGUGUGUGAGCGUGUGUGUGUGCGAGCGUGUGUGUGUGUGUGCGUGUGUGUGAGUGUGUAUAGUGUGUGUGUGUGAGCGUGUGCGCGUGUGUGUGAGCGUGUGCGCGUGUGUAUAGUGUGUGUGUGUGUGUGUGUGUGUGUGAGCGUGUGUGUGUGCGCGUGUGCGUGUGUGUGUGCGCAUGUGCAUGUGUGAGUGUGUGUAUAGUGUGUGUGUGAGGUUUAUCUGUGUUACAUCUGCUUUAAUGAGAGUUAAAACAACAUUUGGACAUUUUAAGUCUUGUAGAAGAGCGUUAUUACACUUCUAUAUGAUCUGAAGGCAGAUGAUGUCACCAAACAGAGCAAAGCUUAUUUUGCAUGAAACGUGGACAUUUCUCCAUAAUUCUUCAUAUUUCCCAUGAAUAAAUCUGUCUUUCCAAUCGAUGUUAUGCUAUCAGUUGUAUGACUUCUAAAACAAUUAAAUAUGUUUUGAAUAUAUAAAGAAUUUGUCAUGGAAAAAAUUACAUUUAACAUGUUUUUCUAAAUGUAACAGGGUAUAAUGGGGCUAAAGCCCCAGCAUAGGAUUUUAUUUGUAUUUUUUUUUUUUUUGCUGGUUGCAAAGUGUAUCAAGAUUGAAAAUAUACAUUUAUUUUUUUAAUAUGGAUGGAGCAACAUAGUUUGUGUGAAAAUAAAUAAUUACGGAAGGUUGUUUUGAUUAAACACAGUGUAUAAAAGACCCCCGGGGGGUUUCUAGUGAUAUAGGGUAAUUAUAGGGGCAAUAGAUAUAGGGCAAAAUGUGUCACCUAAUGCAAAUAAUUUUGAGACAGCAAGAUGCUUUUUUGAGUAACAAAUGAAGACUAAUAUUUAUUCAAAAUAACCACCUCAGAAAAUGUUGCAUCAUUGACAUUUCAGGACAAACAUAUGAAUCUCCAUUGUGAUUGGAUCGGUCAAUGUGAGCCCACUUUGAACAUUCUUCAGAACAAAUCGAUUCUUUUAAACAAGGGGGCUUUUAUAUUCCAAAAACUAUCAAAAAUAUUAUAUAAUGUAUGUGGUGAUGUGGGCGUGGCCGAGCGACGUCUGUGGAGAGCGAGGCUGAGAGGAAGAACGAUAAGGAUUGACACCUGUGGGAAAUUAUUUUUAACAGCUGUUUGUGUUUGCAGUGAGAGCUGGAGAGAGAUAAAAGUGGCAAUCCAGACCGCCGGAGGAGAGAGAGAGAUGCACAAUGUUGACUGUGUGUUCAUUCAUUUAUGUUGUGCCGAAAAGUGUAGAAAUAAAACUCACAUUGGAUUGUU